AUGGAUGUUGCUGCACUCAUUCAAACAGAUUCAGACUUGAUAACUGCUGCAUUUUCAGCCAUUAUGGGUUUACAUCUGAGUACAAGUGUUUCGAACUCUGACCGAGUAGAGAAAGUUUCGUUGUUUGAUCAUCAUAAAACAACAUAUUCAUAUGGUCAAGUUGGUGAGACACCUGCUACUUCAACAGCGGACAAUCGAUGUUUAUUAUUUAUUAAGAUGUUAAAUAAUGUAACAAUUGAGUGCGACGUAGAGUCAAAUGCCAAGAUUGAAGAAAUUAAAGCACGUAUUCAUGAAUUACAAGGAACACCAUCUGAUCAACAACGUCUUAUAUUUUCCGGAAAGCAAUUAGAAGACGGUAAAACUAUGUCUGACUAUAAUAUGCUCCCUCAAUCUACACUUCAUCUCGUAUCAAAGUUACAUGCUACCAACCCAGUUAUUUUGGAUGCUGCAACCUUAGAUCCGGUACAUAAUUAUGACUUUACAAAUAUAAAAGAUGAUAACGAAAAAUUUAUACGAGGUGGUGAAAGAUAUGUUCGUCCGUGUGGAUUCAAACGAUUUGCUCUCAACGUUUCUGAUAAAUAUGAAAAUUUACUAUGGAUAGGUUGCGAUAAUGGUAAAGGUGAAUGGCCUGUAUCAUAUCAUGGAACAGGUGAUUUUGACAAGAAAACAAUUGCACAGGAUGGCUAUGCUUUAACACGAGGAAAACGAUAUCCAUUUACUCGUGGCGUCUAUUCGACUCCAGAUAUAAAUUUAGCAGAAAAAUACGCAAAAAAGUUUACUUAUAACAAUGAACAAUACAUAGUUGUCUUUCAAAAUCGUGUAAAUCCUGCAAAUUUGUUUAAACUUCAAUCCAGUCAUUCAGGAACUGGAGAUUAUUGGGUUAGUCCAAGUGACACAGACGUACGUCCAUAUGGCAUUUGUAUUCGAAAAAUAGAAAAUAAAGCUGUUCAUUGA